GUACGGUGCGUGCGUGCGGUUCGUGCUGAUACUAGUUGCGCCAGCCAGUUUCCACUCGCGACUCGCCAGACAGUUUUGGAGUGAACGCGUUUGUGUUCGGUCCAUCCGAGCUCGUCGGUGAAUGUGCGUUUGUGACGUUGUCGAAAAUAAUAAACACGUAUAUCCCGAUAUUAUCGUAUACUUGCAACAGAAAAUAAUGUUCGUUCGAAACGUGACCGAGUAGUUACAAGUAAAAUAAAUGGUGUAGAACUAUAUACUAUAACCUCGGUGACUACAGGUGAAAAACGGACGUAGUGAAAUAAGGCGUUUUUGUUUCAUCGGUUAUUGUUKUURUUGUUGUUGUUGUUGUUGUUGUUAUUAUUAUUACUCUUGUUGAUAUAUUGCUGUAGUAUUAUUAUCUAAUUAAAUAUUCCUCCGUGGCCGGUAUAACUGUGCAUUGGAAACACCAUUGCAGCUUGAUGUACACCAGAGGSGACUGCAGCUGAUCGACCAAAUACGACCUGCGCCGUACCGAAGACGUCAGCAUGUCCGGCUUACAGCAGCAAGAGCAGCACCAACAGGUCAGCAUCAAAAUGGAACCGACCGGACCGAGCAGCCCUACGCCGUCCGUCAACAGCAACCUGGUAGUCCGGGUGGACCAGAACUCGGAAACGGACUUACAGGCGCUGUUCGAUACGGUUCUGAAGCCGGACGGCAAGAAGCCGCUCCAGUUACCUUUGCGCAUGCGACAGCUGCCCAAGUCGUUCUUCAACCCUCCAUCGACCGGCUCCAAGUCACCGUCCAUAUCCCACAGCCGCGAAAACUCCGGCGACUCGGCGUUCGGCACUGCAAAUGUGGGACCGUCGUGUUCAGGCCCGGUCCCAUUACACUCGCGCGCUCACAGCUCGCCCGCCUCGUUGCAGCAGACGUACGCCGUCGGUGCGGCCAAGCAGCAGCAGCAGCACGCCAAGCAGCGCAGCUACGACGUGUCCAGUGCCAUCGACGAGUUGGGCCCGCUGCCCCAAGGAUGGGAACAAGCUCGGACUCCGGAGGGACAGAUUUACUAUUUGAAUCACCUCACCAGAACGACCCAAUGGGAAGAUCCGAGAAAGAGCUUGGCCGCUCAGGCAGCGAACCAACACCAGCGCAGCGCCGAACAAUUGCUAAGCCCCGGCAACGACAGUGGAUCGAGCACGAACGCUACCAGCACUCCUACGAACUCGCCUCCACAUAUUCAUUCAACCCUCCAAGGAGCGAACAAAAACGUUACACUAGGACCGCUGCCUGACGGAUGGGAACAAGCCGUCACCGGUGACGGCGAGACUUACUUCAUAAAUCACAUUGCCAGGACCACGUCGUGGUUCGAUCCAAGAAUACCCGUUCACUUGCAAAGAGCACCAACGUCGGGCGCCGUGCURCCUUCCGGUUCUGCGUCGUGGCUGUUGAACGGCGCUUCCGGUUUGUCACAGUCGCUCCAAGUCACCCAGCAAAAGCUCAGGUUACACUCUCUUCAGUUAGAGCGCGAACGUCUAAAGAGUCGCCAACAGGAAAUCAUUCGUCAGCAAGAUCUGAUGUUGCGCUCGGGUCAGACGAACAACGACCUCGACCCGUUCCUAUCGUGCAGCAGCAGUAGCGUAGAUCAUUCGAGGCAAGAAUCGGCCGACAGCGGCUUGGGCCUGGGAAACAACUACUCUCUGCCACACACUCCCGAAGACUUUUUGUCAUCAAACAUGGACGACAACAUGGACUGUACUUCAGAGAGCGAUAAUCCGGGUCCUUCAUCCGACAUGUCGGUAGUCGAUUCACAGGAAAUGUCCACGUUGGAUGUCACCGACGACUUAGUCCCGUCGCUUCAAUUAGGGGACGAAUUUAGUAGUGACAUACUGGAUGAAGUACAAUUGUUGAUCGACCCGAACAAUAAACCAGGAUCGAUUUUGACUUGGCUUUAAAAACGUUUCGCACAUCAACUGUUUUUAUACCUAAAUUUUUUUUUUUUUAUGUCACCCUAAUUAAGAAAUUGA